CUAUGCAGCCGGCAGCAAUCGACGAGCCACGGCCCAACCGCGCCAGCCGCUCCUCCCAGCUGAGUCGCAAGAGCACGGUGCCCGCCAUCGGCCGCAUGAUGUCGGACGUGCUCGAGCCGGUCGUCUCCUUCCUCGACAUCACGCGUGCCUCGGCGCCGGGCGAAAUUGUGCUGGGCGAUGAGGAGAAGGGAGGCGAGCCGGUCAAGAUUGUGGGCGCGUCCUUGGUGUCGAGCGUGAUCAACCUCGUGCACACCGUCGCCGGCACUGGCAUCCUCGGCCUGCCGUUCGCCUUCUCCAAAAUCGGGCUGGCGACGGGCACCCUCUUUCUGCUGCUGGGCGCGCUCUCCUCGGUGUGCUCCUUCUACGUACUCGCGCAAUCGGCACUCAAGACGCGCAUCAGCACCUUCACCGGCCUCGGUGACGCGCUCCGACCCGGCUUCUCGGUGGUCGUAAACUUCUUCAUUAUCUGCAACUGCCUCGGCGGCGUGAUAAGCUACCUCGUGGUCGCGUCCACCGCCUUUGAGUUCAGCUUCGGCGCGUCGCGCGCGCUAUGGGUGGGUGUCGCCACCGCCCUUGCGACGCCGCUCGUGCUGCUCGACCGCAUGGACUCGCUGCGCGUCACUUCCGCCCUCGGCAUCGCCGUCCUAGUUGCGUUUGGCGGCUUUGUCGCGGUGUCGUACUUCGAGCCUUUCGACAUGGUCUCGCCGUGUGGCAGGGUGGGCGACGACUCGUGCAAGGGCGACGUGGUCGCCCUCGCGCCGAGCGGGUGGGAGGUCUUCCUCUCCGAGUUCAACGUCUUCCUCUUCGCCUACUGCGGCCAGACCUCGCUGCUUCCCAUCAUCCACGAGCUGCACGACCCGUCGCCGCGGCGGGUGGUCACGGUGCUGGUCACGGCGGUGCUUGGGGUGCUGCUGCCCAUGUACGGCCUCUUCACCUACUUCGGAUACCUCUCCUUUGGCGCCAACGUCCACCCCGACAUCCUCGACAGCUACCCGCAGAACGGCGUCGUCACCCUCUUCCGCGUCGGCCUCGGCGCCGCGGUCAUCACAAACAUCCCGCUGCUCACCUUCGCGGUGCGCAAGGCGCUCAUGGGGAUGAUCGACCAGGCCUGCGGCUCGCUCUGCCGCCCCGCCCCCUCCAAGGACGUCGCCAUCGCCCCCUCCUCGCUCGACACCCUCCCGGCCGCCGCGAGCCGCUGCGAGCGCUUCCGCGCCAUCUGGAUCCGCAACCCGCUCGAGUUUGCGCUCGCGCUGGUGCUCAUCGCCGCCUGCGCCGGUGCCGCGCUGCUCACCGACAACCUCGGCCUCGUGCAGAGCGUCGCGGGCGCGGUCGGCGCGGUGGCGAUGACGUUCCUCCUGCCCGGCCUCUUCUACUUUGCAUUCUUCCGCGAGGCUGGAUGCACGGCCGUCCGCGUCGGCUCGCUCGGCAUGCUCGUAUUGGGCAUGGUGCUCCUCCCGCUGUCGCUCGCGCUCGUCUUCCUCUGAGAGGCUGCUCGCUGCACUUCUCUGGCGUGGAGGUGUGAUAUUUGCUGGCGCCGGCGAGAGCGGUCACGACGCGGUCCGCCCCCUCGCGCGUUAUUGAACACUUCCUCGUGUUGUCUAGUGAUUGGCGGCCUUGCCGCUCCCCCUGUACUGUGUUGUGCGUAGCGUGAUCGUGUCGUGUUGCGACUGGGGCGGAAGUGGGAAAUCCUGUACCUUUACGGGGAAGAGUCCCAAGAGAGGUGUACGGCUUUAUUUGUAGAGAGACAAAGCCAAAGGUAGUCUAGGCGU